AUGAUGAGAAAAAGGAGCAGCAGUAAACCUAAUUUGAUGAAAUUAUUGGAUUGUUCUCUUGAAAAGUAGGUACUGAGUUGAUAGCAUAAUUUCAAUAAAUAUUUGAUAAAACAUCAAUUGUUAAUAAUAAGGAGGCCAAUUUGAAUUUCAAUGAAUUAUAGCAGUAUUACACACAUUUUUAAGAAGACUUGAAAUUUAUAAGGUACAGUAGAUGGGCAAAAUUUUAUGUCAGAUAAUUAAUAUAUAUUAAAUAGAGUCAAAACAUUUACAGAGUCUACGAGAUCUAGAACAUUUUUGAUAAACUAAAAAGGAGUUGCUAAAUGAAGUUGUUAUUGAGAUUGGGGGAAAUUUUCGGGAAAGAAAUUAAUUAUGAAAAAAAUUAAGUAUCCAUCAUAAAGGAUAAUGAGUUUAAAAAGGAGAUAAUUAAGAUUUUUGGCCAAAGUAGAUAGUUGAAACAAUUAAGUCCUUACUAGGCUUUAAUGUGGAAGAGACUUUUUUGUGAUAAAGAUAAAGGCAUUUAUGAGUGCAGAAUAAAUACUGAAUGUCAAAGUAUGCCGAUAUUGGAUUCUUAGAAUAAUAAAAAUUUUUGGGUCACGAAAAUGAAAAUGUCUUAAUAAUUAAGAAAAGGAAAUAUUAAAAUCUCUUUUAAAAGAUGA